AUGGCGGAUAAGCCGCUCAUAACACCGGAGAGCUUCAUUACUAUCACUCAGCCGGCGGACAUGGUCAGUGAUGAAACGCGCUUCGCAGUUGCAUCACACACAGCCAAGGCGAGACGUCGGAAAAGGCGCAAGGCGGUCGAAUUUGAACCUGGGAGAACCAUCCACAAGUUUUUGGCCUGGAAAGCACACAGCGAGCCAACUUCGCGACGCAAGCUACCGAAAGACGCCGAGGAUAGAGAGCAGAGUUCUGUUGCGGUCGUGCCGUACAAGAGCCCACAGGAUCACCCUGCCAACAUUCUCAGCCAGGCGAGGGGAGACCCAUUUGCGCGCUACGCCGUCUCUGAUAUUCCUGGUCUGGUAGGUGAAAUGGUUGAUCAUGCCGUGAGACUCUUCUGGCCCGGCUUAACUCCCAGCAAAGCACCAAACGUGGUCAAUCCCGUCAACGACGCCUACAUGGAGUCGAUCAGGAGCUCCCCGCUUGCAUUCUACGCAUAUAUGGUUGCAUCUGCCGAAAACUAUGAGCUCCUGAGCGGGCCCAAUGUGAAGACCAAGGCGUUCACCAAGCUAUGCCUCGCUUACCGCGUCGAGAUGAUCAAACUCGUCAAUCAAGAAAUCGAGGGGAUGACUGGCCCACCAUCCGACGAGCUGCUUGGAGCCAUCAUCGUGCUUGCUGGCAAUUCGGCCGGGUUCAUAAACCAGGCGAGAGGGUCGUUUCUUAGAGUGGCGAAACCCUCGCGCUUCCAUUCGCCGCUCAGGACGGCACAGUUUCUGCACGUCUAUAGCACCAAUCCAUUCCCCAGCGCGCACUCGGAAGCGUUGGUCCGGCUGGUGAUCAUGAAAGGCGGAUGCUCCCAGAUCCAAUCGGUCGGGGUUGCCAGCGUGGUUGCUCUAUGCGAUUUGCUCAUUGCCUCACAGACCAAUUCCCAACUCUAUGUCCUUCCGAUGAGCCCACCCACCUUUGCGGCCGUACAAGACCUGUCUCACUUGUUGACAAAGUCAGGAAUCAAAUGGGAUUCCCAAUGUACGGUCUGGGGUCAACUACCCCUUCGUCCCUCGGUGAGACCAGAGCUUCUUCAAACUGUUCGGGCAAUGCUGGCCGCCAAUGCCGCACUCGACUGUUACCUGAGCAAGUACGGACCAUCCAUGGUCUUUGCCGAUAUCAUCAACGCCCGCAACGAUGCUCAAUAUCUCCUCCUAAGCCUCUUGCCCACCACCGAAGUUGACGAUGAGACGCAUUCUAUGUCCGAGACGUUCUCGGACCACAUUUACGACAUCGCCCGCAUCGCCCUACGCAUAUAUAGUAACCUGAUCCUCUUUCCGAUGAACCCCAGCGGCGGCACGAGCAGAAUUCUCGCCGGGGCACUGCGCGAGGCAAUCAUGGAGAGCGAGAGGGCGAAUCCAUGGCAACUCUUCCCGGACACGUGUAAGCGCAUGAUGCUCUGGGCACUCGUGCUGGGCGGGAUCCAAGUCGACGACGGCGUCACCGACGCAAACGCCGAGAGGACGUGGUUCGUGGAGCAGCUCGCCGACGUCAUGUCGUUCAUUGACGUUCUCUCAUGGCACCAAGUCGAAGAGUGUUUGGCGGCGUUCAUGUGGUUGGAUAUUAUCCUCAACCCGGCCGCCGUGGAGCUUUGGGCUGAUGCGAGAAGGACAAGAGAUCAGGACUUGGAAGCCCUGGAGAUGGAAGGUCUGGCUCUGCGGCCGCGGGAGGGUUUGUGA